AUGAUGUCCACUGACCGAGAUGACCUUGAGCAUUUCACCGCCGAGGUGAAUGGCGAGGUGUCAGAUCGCCCCAUGCGUAGUGUCAUUGACACCAGAAUUCGAAGCUUCUACAACGCGAUCGAUAGAGGAGACUGGGACGCAGCCAAGGGUUACCUGAGAGAGGACGCCAAGCUCGAUGACCAAGAGGAAUAUCAAAGCACUGUCUUCAAGCUCCUAGUCGUCGAUAGGGGCAGAGCUACUUGCUAUUUGGAGGCUUUCUGGAUUGAGACAGUUUGCGAAAAUGAGGUUGCAGCCAAGGCUGCACCGGAGUUCGAGCGAGCACGCAUGGUCUGCAUCUUUGAUGUGGACGAGAAGUGCCUCAUCAGACGUAUCGAGUUCCGAGACACAGAUCAAGAGACCAUCACCACAGGCGGCGGCCUCAAAGAAUUGAGACACGCUGCAAAGGAGUCUAAGAAGGACGUCGUGGUCAUGAAGGAGAAUUUCGGGUUUUAG